AUGAAAGAUCAUAGAGGAAAACUACUAAGAUCAGAGAAUAAUUAUAUUGACAAUGGUGAAAAUUACUUUGGUGAUAAUUAUUUUCCAGAAUUUCCAUGCAGGAAACACCCAGCUUCAUCUUCAUCUUCUUCUACUGGUGGGAUUUGUGCUUAUUGUUUGAAUGAUAAAUUAUCUCAAUUAGUUUGCCCAGAUUGUGGUGAACAGAGGAUUUCUUCUUAUGGGUCUUGUUCUUGUUCUAGAAACUUCACUGAUAAUAAUAAUAAUAAUACUGAUGAUGUUUCUGGAAGAAUCUCUGUUUUGCUUGAAAAUGAUCAUCAUCAAAAGGGUUCUGAUCAGAUCUAUAAUUCUAGAUCAAGAAUGGGACCUAGAUCAUCUAAUUUUGAUGAAUUUGAUAAUACCCAUUUUCAAAGAAGCUAUAGUGUUGCUCAUACUGCACCAUCCAGACCUUCAGAAUCAUCAUCAUCAUCUUCUGGGAAUAAGUUUUGGAAGAUUGGUAAGUUAUUUAGAAAGAAAAAAGAUCAUAACAAACACAAUCAAAAUCAAAUCAAUGAAGAAAAUAAUUCUGGGUUUGAUCAUAAUCAUAACAAUAAUUCAAGAACAAGUUUCAGAGGAUUUUAUGAUAGUAAUGAAGAUCAAAAUUAUGGAAUGAUGAACAAUUUUCCAGUUUCUUCAUCAGCAGCAAGAGCAUCAAGUGUAAGUACUGGAAAUUUUGUUUUAGAUUCAGCAAAAAUCAGUUGUUUUAGUGAAUCUGAAGCAAGAUUUAGUAAUUUUGAAUAUUGUUCUGAUACAUCAAAUUUCAUCCACCCAAACAAAAUCAACAACAAUAUUUUCUCAUCAAGGGAAACAGAAUUUGUUCAUAGUGAUGAUCAAGCUUAUAUAGAUUUGAAAUUACCUGAUAUGUCAUCAUCAUCAUCAUCAAUACCAGAUUUUAAUACAAACCCACCAAAUCUGGCGGCCAUGAAAAGAAAUCGAUUCGGGUUAUCGACAAGAGAAUUUGGGUAUAGAGGAGAUAAUGGGUUUGAGCAUCAAAUGUAUAACGAUGGCGGCGGAAGAUCUUGUAGAAUAAGUAGUGUUGGGGAUAGAGAUUUGAGGAAAUGCAGAAAGAGUUAUAAGGUUUGGAAAUGGUUUUCUAAGCAUCAAAAUAAUCAGACUGAUUCUGAUAAAUUUGAUGAUCAUCGUGAUUUCAAUUUAUAA